AGCACCUCAGCGGGGUCGCCGUGCCACCGUCUCCGCUUUUGGGGAAGACAAACAGGUGCCCCGCAUAGCUGCCAUCCCCACCCCCACCCCUGUGGGGCGCCCCUCCUGCGGUCCUCAGCGCCCCCUGGCUCGAGCCGAGCCUGCGCCAGCGACCAGGGACCUUGGCGCCUGGGCUCUGGCCGUGGGCUCCUCCGGUUAUAUCAACAUGCCCUUUUUGCUGUUAUUGGAAGCCAUCUGUAUUUUCCUGUUUUCCAAAGUGCCCACCACCCUCCCUCUCCAGGAAGUCCACGUUAGCAGGGAGACCAUUGGGAAGAUUUCAGCUGCCAGCAAAAUGAUGUCAUGCUCAGCUGCAGUGGACCUCCUGUUUCUGUUAGAUGGCUCUCACAGCGUCGGCAAGGGGAGCUUUGAAAGGUCCAAGCACUUUGCCAACAUGGUCUGUGAUUCUCUGGACAUCAGCCUUGAGAGGGUCAGAGUGGGAGCGUUCCAGUUUGGUUCCGCUCCUCAUCUGGAAUUCCCCUUGGAUUCAUCUUCAACCCGACAGGAAGUGAAGGCACAGAUCAAGAGGAUGGUUUUCAAAGGGGGGCGCACAGAGACAGGCCUCGCUCUGAAAUACCUUCUGCAGAAGGGGUUCCCUGGGGGCAGAAAUGCCUCUGUUCCCCAGAUCCUCAUCAUUGUCACUGAUGGCAAGUCCCAGGGACAUGUGGCCCUGCCGGCCAAGCAGCUGAAGGACAAGGGCAUCACCGUGUUUGCCGUGGGAGUCCGGUUUCCGAGGUGGGAGGAGCUGCACGCCAUGGCCAGUGAGCCGAGGGAGCAGCACGUGCUGCUGGCCGAGCAGGCAGAGGAUGCCACCAACGGCCUGCUUAGCACCCUCAGUAGUUCUGCCAUCUGCACCACCGCCUCUCCAGACUGCAGGGUCGAGGCUCACCCCUGCGAGCACAAGACGCUGGAGACGGUCAGGGAGCUCACUGGCUACGCCCUGUGCUGGAGAGGAUCCCGGCGGACCGAUGCCCUGCUGGCUGCACGCUGUCCCUUCUACAGCUGGAAGAGAGUGUUCCUAACUCACCCUACCACCUGCUACAGGACCACCUGCCCAGGCCCUUGUGACUCGCAGCCCUGCCAGAAUGGAGGCACAUGUGUUCCUGAAGGACCGGACCAAUACCACUGCCUCUGCCCACAGGCCUUCGGAGGGGAGGCUAACUGCGCCCCCAAACUGAGCCUGGAAUGCAGAAUCGAUGUCCUCUUCCUGCUGGACAGCUCUGCGGGCACCACCCUGGAGGGCUUCUUGCGCGCCAAGGCCUUCGUGAAGCGCUUUGUGCAAGCAGUGCUGAAUGAAGACUCUCGGGCCCGCGUGGGUGUGGCCGGAUACAGCAGGGAGCUGGUGGUGGCCGUGCCCGUGGGAGAGUACCAGGAUGUGCCAGACCUGCUCCGGAGCCUCGACGGCGUUCCCUUCAGUGGGGGCCCCACUCUGACGGGCAGUGCCUUGCGGCAAGCCGCAGACCAUGGCUUUGGGAGUGCCAUCAGGACAGGCCAGGACCGUCCACGCAGAGUGCUUGUCCUAUUAACUGAGUCGCACUCCGAGGACGAGGUGGCUGGCCCAGCACGUCAUGCCAGGGGCCGAGAGCUGCUCCUGCUGGGCGUGGGCAGCGAGGCAGUGCAGGCAGAGCUGGAGGAGAUCACGGGCAGCCCGAAGCACGUGAUGGUCUAUGCAGACCCCCGGGACCUGUUCAACCACAUCCCGGAGCUGCAGGGGAAGCUGUGCAGCCGACCUCGGCCAGGCUGCCGGGCUCAGUCGCUGGACCUUGUGUUCAUGUUGGAUGCAUCAGCCUCAGUGGGACCCGAGAACUUCGCUCACCUGCAGAGCUUCAUAAGAAGCUGUGCCCUCCGCUUCGAUGUGAACCCUGACGUGACGCAGGUCGGCCUGGUGGUGUACGGUAGCCAGGUGCAGACAGCCUUUGGGCUGGACACCCACCUCACCCGGGCUGCGGUGCUGCGUGCCAUGAGCCAGGCCCCCUACCUGGGUGGGAUGGGCUCCGCGGGCACGGCCUUGCUGCACAUCUACGACAAGGUGAUGACCAUCCAAAAGGGUGCCAGGCCUGGCGUCCCCAAGGCUGUGGUGGUGCUCACGGGUGGGAAGGGGGCAGAGGAUGCAGCUGUCCCCGCCCAGAAGCUGAGAAACAAUGGCAUCUCCGUCUUGGUCGUGGGUGUGGGGCCUGUCCUGAGGGAGCCACUGCGGAGGCUUGCAGGUCCCCGGGACUCCCUGAUCCAUGUAGCAGCGUACACCAACCUGCAGUACCACCAAGACACGCUCAUCGAGUGGAUAUGUGGAGAAGCCAAACGGCCCGUCAACCUCUGCAAACCCAGCCCAUGCAUGAACGAGGGCACCUGUGUCCUGCGGAAUGGGAGCUACCGCUGCGAGUGCCAGGACAGCUGGGAGGGCCCCCACUGCGAGAACCGUGUCCUGAGAGGAGAUGCCCCCAAGGCACAUGGCUCCCACCACAGGCCUGCAGGAGGACAGCAGCCAUACUCCUCCCAGCUGCCACAGAGAGGGCCUGGGCACUAGGAAGGUGCUGCCAUUGGCAGAGCGUCUGUGUCCUGGGGGGUCCUCUGAGUGCCUGCUGAGAGCCAGUGGUAGCAGCUGAUGUCACCCUUAAAUGACGAUGUCGAACACUCUUGAUGUGUGAGUGAACAUUUACUUUCUGUACCUUGUUGUGCCUUGUUGGGGCUAUGUCUGUCACCUGUCACCUGUCCUUCGAAGAUAAACAAGGGACCCUCGAGACUCUAGAGAAACCUGGCCUGUUUGAGGUUCACUUUGCCUACAGAAAAGACAGACUGUUGUUGAGACAGGCCCAACAGGAGGCAUCUACUAGAGCGUCAUGUGAACCACUGAAGUGAAGGCAUUUCAAGAUGGAAAAAGUGUGGACAAUUUCGCUUCCCCAAAGGUGACCUGAAUACAUUUGCUUUUAGCUCAAAAGGGGCUUCAGGAGACCAGCCUAGGAAAAUGGUGUGCUAAGUAAAGAACUCCCAAAAAAAGGGGGGACCAGCAGUUGGCGUAAUGGCUAUGUUGCUGGACUCCCACGUAGUUGA